CGUCGCUCACUAACCUCCAGCAGCUUCCAACAGCCCCGUUGAACCACAAGAAUCCACGAUGUCUCCCACAGUCAAUAUCGGCUCUUCUGCAGAGUUCAGCAAGCUGCUGAGCUCGUCCUCGGUCGUCAUCACAGACUUCUACGCCGAUUGGUGUGGACCAUGCAAGACUAUCGCUCCUACAUACGAAUCUCUAUCCACGAAAUACUCAAAGCCAGGUCGUGUCACAUUCACAAAGGUUAAUGUCGAUAAUCAGCAAGCAAUUGCACAGCAGUAUGGCGUUACAGCCAUGCCGACAUUCCUGAUCUUCCGCUCUGGCUCUGUUAUCAAGACCAUCCGUGGCGCGAACGUCUCCGAACUCACAUCCUCCAUCGAGUCCGCAAUCAAGUUUGCAGGCCCGGCUAAGCCGGUUUAUUCCUCUGUGGGACGAACACUCGGGGGCAGCGCGGCACGCGGUACAGGACUUUCUCGACCUUACUCAUACACUUUCAAGAAGUACUUUGAUGGGAUCAUCGCGUUCUUGGGAUUGUAUUUUGUGACGCUGUUUUCGUUGGAUGCGUACCGGGCUGCGGAGCAGAGUCCGUUCAAUGUUAAUCGGGAAGGAGAGAAGAAUUUCAAUGGUGGCACAAAGCUGGGAGAAAAGAGAACAGGGGCUGCGACGCAGAUUGGCAAGAAGCUGGGCACAAUUGCUGAUCUUGGAGGCGACUAGAUGAUUGUAGCCAAGUGAGCGGGAAUAGGAGUUUAGGCGUCAGGCGGGCGUCGUCACGACAAUCAACAUUUUGCAAUUUAUACCUGAAGCAAAUUCCAAUAAGCUAUCAACGACGUGC